AUGGUUCGUCCUCCUCCUUCUCUUUCGUUUUCUUCUUCAUCAUCAUCAUCAUCCAGACCCCAAUGGAUCUACGACGUGUUCAUCAAUUUCAGGGGACAAGAUACUCGCAGCAGUUUCGUUUCUCAUCUCUAUGCUGCACUCUCAAACGCUGGAAUCAACACUUUUCUUGACGAUGAAAAUCUUCAAAAGGGAAAGAAACUUGGACCAGAGUUGCUGCGAGCAAUCGAUGCUUCUCAGAUAUUCAUCGUUGUUUUCUCAGAAAACUACGUUCACUCUAGUUGGUGUCUUGAUGAACUUGAACAAAUCAUGAAAUUUCAAACAGAUAAGGAUCGGGUUAUUAUGCCUGUAUUUUACGGUAUUACUCCUUCGUAUAUACGUGCAUAUGCUAAGCAAACUUUUGGAGAAGCUCUCACUAGAAGUAGCGAUAGAAAUAAGUUUGAUAUUGGUCAUGACAGUGAUUAUGCGAAGGAAAAUCAACAAAAGGAAGCACUCACCGGUGCUUCGCAUUUGGCUGGCUGGGACAUGAGUAAUUACAGUAGUGAAAGCAAUGUUGUGAAGGAAAUUGUUGGCGAAGUUUUGAAAAAACUAGACAAAAAAUGCUUAACUAUACCAGAUUUUCCAGUUGGACUAGAAUCCCGUGCGGAACAGUUGAUUCAGUUUUUAAGACAGAAUACAAGAGGAGUUUGUUUAGUAGGGAUUUGGGGAAUGGGGGGGAUUGGAAAAAGCACCAUUGCCAAAGUCAUCUACAAUAACCUCUGUUAUGAAUUUGAAGAUCGAAGCUUCCUUGCUAAUAUUAGAGAACGUUGGGAGAAAGAUAGGGGUCCAAAUGAUUUACAAGAACAACUUCUUUCGGAUAUCCUAACAAGAAAGAUAGAGGUGCAUAACGUUGAGUGGGGAAAAGCUAUGAUCAACGAACGACUAUGCACAAAACAGGCACUUGUUGUACUCGAUGAUGUGAGCACGCGCGAGCAAUUAAAUGCACUAUGUGGAAAUCGACAUGGGAUUGGUCCGGGAAGUAUAAUAAUCAUCACAACAAGAGAUGCACGUCUACUUGAUAUCCUUGGAGUUGACUUUAUUUAUAAAGUGAAGGAAUUGAAUAAGCACGAGUCCCUUGAGCUUUUUAGUUGGCAUGCGUUUAGGGAAGCGAGUCCAACUAAAGAAUUCCUUAGCCUCUCAGGAGGUGUAGUUUCCUAUUGUGGUGGACUGCCAUUAGCUCUUGAAGUCCUUGGAUCUUACUUGUUCAAGAGGAGAAAACAAGACUGGCGGAGUGUAUUAUCAAAGCUAGAAAAGAUACCAAAUGAUCAAAUACAUGAGAAACUAAAAAUAAGCUUCGAUGGUUUAGAGGAUCGAAUGGAAAAGGAUAUAUUUCUUGAUGUAUGUUGUUUCUUUAUUGGGAAAGAUAAAGCUUACAUCACAGAGAUACUAAAUGGCUGUGGACUUCAUGCUGAUAUUGGAAUAACAGUGCUGAUAGAAAGAAGCCUCAUAAAAGUUGAAAAGAACAGUAAGCUUGGAAUGCAUGCUUUGAUACGAGACAUGGGAAGAGAAAUUGUUCGUGAAAGUUCACCCGAGGAGCCUGAAAAGCGUAGUCGAUUGUGGUGUCAUGAGGAUGCAGUUGAUGUAUUAACCAACCAUACAGGAACAAAAGCCAUUGAAGGAUUGGUUAUCAAGAUGCAAGGGACCAGUAGUGUUUGCUUUGAUACUAUUGCUUUUGAGAAAAUGAAGAGAUUGAGAUUGUUGCAACUUGAUAGUGUACAAUUCAUCGGAGAUUAUGAGUGUUUUCCAAAGAACCUGAAAUGGCUUUCUUGGCAAGGGUUUCCUUUAAAAUACACGCCAGAAAACUUUUAUCAGAAAAAUCUAGUUGUUAUGGACUUAAAGCACAGUAAUCUUGCACAAGUUUGGAAGAAGCCUCAGUUGUUGGAGAAGCUAAAAAUUAUCAAUCUCAGUCAUUCCAAGUACUUAAAAAGCACCCCUGACUUUUCAAAAUUACCGAACCUAGAACAACUCGUUAUGAAGGAUUGUCAAAGUUUGUCCAAGGUGCACUCUUCCGUUGGAGAUCUCAAAAAUCUUCUUCUGAUAAAUUUGAAGGAUUGUACGAGCCUUACUAAUCUCCCAAGAAAGAUAUAUCAAUCGAAAUCAGUGAAAACUCUCAUUCUCUCUGGUUGUUCAAAGAUUGACAACUUGGAAGAAGACAUGGGGCAAAUGGAAUCCUUGACAACCUUGAUUGCAAAAGAUACAGCUGUAAAAAAAGUUCCCUAUUCAAUACUAAGAUUAAAAAGUAUUGUAUAUAUAUCCCUUUGUGGAUAUGAAGGAUUAUCGCGUGAUGUUUUUCCAUCUCUCAUUAGGUCUUGGAUGUCACCAACAAUGAAUUCCUUAGCCCAGAUUCCUCCUUUUGGUGGCAUGUCAACGUCUCUUGUUUCCCUGAACAUAGACACUAAUAAUUUGGAGUUGGUCUAUCAAUCAGAAAUGCUUAGCAGUUGUUCAAAACUAAGAAGUGUUUCGGUACAAUGUGACUCUGAGAUUCAACUGAAACAAGAAUUCCAAAGACUUCUUGAUGAUCUAUAUGGUGCAGGUCUUACUGAACUGGGAACAUCACAUGCAUCACAAAUUUUGGAUCUUUCCUUAAGAUCUCUUUUGAUUGGAAUUGGAAGUUGCCACAUUGUCACCGAUACUCUUGAGAAGAGUUUAUCACAGAGAUUGGCAACCAAUUGUAGUGAGUCAUUCCUUCCGGGUGACAAUUAUCCUUCUUGGUUAGCCUAUAGCGGUGAAGGACCAUCAGUACACUUUCAAGUUCCCGAGGAUGCUGAUUGUGGGAUGAAGGGAAUAACUUUAUGCGUUCUUUAUUCGUCAACACCUGAAAACCUGACAACUGAAUGUUUCACUAGUGUCUUGAUUAUUAAUUACACAAAAUUCACUAUCCAUAUUUACAAAGGAGACACAGUAAUGUCAUUUAAUGACGAAGAUUGGCAAAGUGUGCUAUCAAAUUUAGGAGCUGGUGACAAUGUGGAGAUUUUUGUAGCUAUUGGACAAGGAUGGAUUGUUAGAAAGACUGCUGUCUAUCUAAUAUAUGACCAAACAAAUGCUAUGGAAACUGAGACAUAUAGUGAAGCAAAAAUUGAGUCGUUACACGAAGUGGAAGUGCAACCAUUAUCUAAUGGGAAGAGAGAGUCAUCAUUACCUAAUGUGAAGACAGAGCCAUCAGCUGAAGAGGAAGUACAGCCACCACCUGAAGUGAAAAUGGAACCAUCGCGUGUGGUAAAAAAUGAACUGUUACCGAAGAAAAAUAGAAACUAUUUUACAAGACUUAUAAAGAGAGUAGGAAAUUUUUUACUCUGCUUGAACCAGAAUUGA